UCUCCUUAUGCCACGAGAGCGGGCAACCAGUGACUUCUUGAAGAGCUACGCGCACACACACACACACGCACACACACACACACACACACACACACACGAGAACAGCAACGCAUCAAGGCUUACACAACACACAUACACCAUGAAGCUGGUUCGCUUUCUCAUGAAGCUGUCAAACGAGACAGUGACAGUGGAGCUGAAGAACGGCACUGUCGUUCACGGCACUGUUGCAGGCGUGGAUGUGGCCAUGAACAUGCACAUGAAGACGGUGAAGAUGUCGAUCAAGGGCCGUGAGGCAACGGCACUCGACACACUCACGGUCAGAGGAAACACAAUUCGUCACGUCAUCCUGCCAGACAGCCUACCUUUGGACACCCUCCUCAUCGACGACACCCCAAAGAUCAAGGCGAAAAAGAAAGAAGUUGCUCUUGGCCGUGGCCGUGGACGUGGGCGGGGCCGUGGUCGCGGCCGCGGUCGUGGUCGUGGCCGCAGAUAAGCUGCUGGCACACCAUCCAACCCAAGCACGUCAAGCAUGCAGUGUUGCUGGCGAUGGCCGCUGUUGGCUGUUGUCCCCACACCGUUCGUGUUUUACUGCUCCAUUCUUCGCUCUCUCAUCACUCCCUGUUGUGCCCUUGAUCGCAACUUGUGCUGAACAUGCCUUGGCGCGAUGCUGAAUGUAUGCGUAGUGUGUGUGUGUGUGUGCGUGUGUGCGUGUGUAUGAGAGUGCCGAUUGACAGAGAGUUGAGUGCGCCUGGCUUUUGUCGUGGUGGUUGUGUUGUUUGUUCAGCGUGCUGCUUGUGGUUCGUGGAUGUCUGUUGCUCGUUGUGUGCUCGCUCCACUGCUGUCAUGUGCGGAGGAUUGUGCGCUGAUUGCUCCAACGUAGGAAGCGUCUCACUUCUUUGUGUGUCUGUGCGUGUCGUUGUUCCUCCGUGUCGCUUUUCCCUUGUGUGUGUGUGCAUCAGUCCAAGCGCCAGUGUAACGAAUGCUUCUUAACACUUGUUUGUAUUGCGGUUAACAUCAUCAACGCGGG